CCUCACAGACCCACACAGCCAGAGCCAAACAUACACAAACAUGGCGAUAUCACAGGCGGAGAAGAUGCAGUCCUGUCUUCGCAUAUGUUUAUUAGUCCUGCCGGUUAUUGGCUUAAAUGCAUCGACGCUUCAUCUUCACUCUGAGCAGCGCUACAUGCUACCACAGAACAGAGGAAUUCACACCAUAAACGCAGAUGUGGAUUUAGCGGACGGUGAUGGAGGAGGCGCCGCGGCUCCAGCGCUGCGCCUGGCCGCUCGAGGUGUCACCAAAGGCGGCUCAGAUUCGGGUGAUUUACCGCAGCAUCGAACUCGCAGGAGUAUCGGAGACUCGGCCAUGCCCAAGGUGUACGGCCAGGCCAAUCUCAAUGACUCCCAUAACCAGAUGGUUGUCCACUGGGCCGGAGAGAAGAGCAAUGUGAUCGUAGCCUUGGCUCGAGACAGCGCUGGAGCCACGGGUCCCAAAACCAGCUCGGUUUACGUUUCCUAUGACUAUGGGACAAAUUUCGCACUGGUGUCCGAGAAGUUUCAGCUGACAGGGGCCAAAGCUAAAGAUGGAAACAAGCAGGUCAUCUCGCAGUUUUACCACAGCCCUGCGGACAAUAGGAGGUAUCUUUUUGUGGACUCUACCAACAACUUCUUGUGGAACACAUUUGACUUUUGUAAGACUGUCCAGGGCUUCUCUCUGCCCUUCAAACCUAUCGAUCUGCUGCUGCACAACCGCAAGUCCAACCUGGUUCUUGGAUACGACAGCUCCCACCCAAACAAACAGCUCUGGAAAUCAGAUGACUUUGGGGAGACUUGGGUGUUGAUACAGGAGCAUGUAAAGACCUACUUUUGGGGUGUGGAGCCCUAUGACCCUCCCACCACUGUCCUGGUCCAGAGGCACGAGCCCCAGGGCAUCUCCACCGUCCUCAGCAGCACCGACUUCUUCCAGAGUGAACAAAACCGCAGAGUCAUCCUGGAGCAGGUGGACAGUUUCCAGCUCCGAGACAAAUACAUGUUUGCCACCACCACACGGAAGCUGUUUGGCAGCCAUGAGCCCUCCUCUGUCCAGCUCUGGGUUUCUUACAACAGGCAGCCCAUGAAAGCAGCACGGUUUAUGACCCGUCAUCCAAUCACUGAGUACUACAUUGCUGACGCAUCCGAGGACCAAGUUUUUGUGUGUGUGAAUCAUGUCAACAACGUCACGCACCUGUACAUCUCUGAUACUCAGGGCCUCUCCUUCUCACUGUCACUGGAAAAUGUCCUAUACUACAGCCCUGAGGGCUCAGGCAGCAACACACUCAUCAAGUACUUUGCAAAUGAGCCAUUUGCUGAUUUGCACCGUGUGGAGGGUCUGCGGGGAGUGUUCAUCGCUACACUCAUAAACGGCUCUGUCAGUGAGGACAAUAUGAGGUCUGUCAUCACCUUUGACAAAGGAGGGACUUGGGAGCUGCUCCAGCCACCUUCAGCCGACAGCUUAGGAGGCACCGUGGACUGCCAGCUGAAUAAAGGGUGCUCGCUGCACUUGGCCCAGCGCUGGAGUCAGUUGCUCAACAUCCAACUCAGGAGAAUGCCCAUCCUGUCGAAAGACUCUGCCCCUGGCCUCAUCAUGGCCACAGGAUCUGUCGGUAAAAACCUGGCUAACAAGCCCAAUGUUUAUGUGUCCAGCAGUGCCGGAGCCCGUUGGAAAGAGGCUCUUGCUGGCCCUCACUUCUACACCUGGGGAGACCAUGGAGGGAUUUUGAUGGCCAUUCCACAAGGAGGCUCCACCACAAAUCUAAAGUUCAGCACAAAUGAAGGGGAGACUUGGACUGACUUUAAGUUCUCAGACAGAGAAGUUUAUGUUUACCAGCUGCUGACUGAACCUGGGGAGAAAAGCACCAUCUUCACCAUCUUUGGCUCCUAUGCCGACCAGAGGCACAGCUGGCUUAUCCUGCAGGUCAACGCCUCCAACGUGCUGGGUGUCCCGUGUUCAGAGGCAGACUACAAGCGCUGGUCUCCAUCAGAUGAGCAUGGAAAUGAGUGUUUGUUGGGCAGAGAGAUCACAUUCAAGAGGAGGGCUCCACAUGCCACAUGCUUCAACGGAGAAGACUUUGACCGGCCUGUCACUAUUUCCAACUGCUCCUGCACCAGACAAGACUACGAAUGCGACUACGGUUUCAAACUGAGUGAGGACCUGUCUCUCCAGGUGUGUGUACCUGAUCCCGAGUUUUCAGGUGACCUCUACGCUCCCCCCGUCCCCUGUCCUGUCGGCACCACUUACCGCCGCAGCAAAGGGUACAGAAAAGUGCCUGGUGAUAGUUGCAGUGGAGGAGAUGUUGAGGCCAGACUUGAUGGGGAAAUGCUGCCGUGUCCUGUAGGAGAGAGUAAUGAGUUCAUCCUGUACGCUGUGAGGAACUCCAUUCACCGCUAUGACCUGGCCACAGGCAGUGACCAGCCACUGCCACUGUCUGGUCUGAGGGAAGCUGUGGCUCUGGACUUUGACUAUGACCGGAACUGCCUCUACUGGGCCGACAUCUCACUGGACACUAUACAGCGUUUGUGUCUGAACGGCAGCACAGGUCAGGAGGUGGUUGUGAGAAAAGACCUACAGAACGUGGAGGCCCUAACUUUUGACCCCGUCAGUCGGCUUCUGUACUGGGUGGAUGCUGGUGCACAAAAGAUUGAGGUUUCUAAUCCCGAUGGCGACAUGAGGCACACUCUGUUGAACUCCUCCAUCUUGGAACACCCCCGAGCUCUGGUACUGCUUCCUGGAGAAAGUCUGAUGUUCUGGACGGACUGGGGAGAACGUGCCGCUGGUGUGUACCGCAGUUUUAUGGACGGUACCAACGUGUCGUGUAUUGUGUCCGAGGGCGUGCGCUGGCCCAACGGCAUCACUGCAGACGACAAUUGGCUCUACUGGACUGAAGCCUACAGCGACCGCAUCGAGAGGGCUGACUUCAAUGGGGGGCAAAGAAGUGUCCUUAUGGAGGGGCUGCCACAUCCGUAUGCUAUAGCAGUCUUCAAAAAUGAUCUUUACUGGGAUGACUGGUCCAGAAUGGGGAUCUUUAAGGCUCCAAAAGGGGGGUCCCAGGGAAAUGAGCUGAUCGUCGGGAGGCUCACUGGAGUAAUGGACCUCAAGAUAUUUUAUAAAGGAAAACACAGAGGCCAUAACGCAUGUGCAGAUCAGCCCUGUAGUCUGUUGUGCCUGCCUCAGCCUGGCCAUCGUCACACGUGUGUUUGCCCUGACGGAGCGCCGACCAUCACUUUACCCAGUGGAGAGCUGCAGUGCCAAUGUCCCAAGGGCUACCAGCUCCACAACAACACCUGUGUCAAGACUGAGCAAAGUUGUUUACCAAACCAGUACCGCUGCUCCAAUGGCCGCUGCAUCAACAGCAUCUGGAAGUGUGACAGUGACAAUGACUGUGGAGACAUGAGCGACGAAAAAGAAUGUCCUACCACCACCUGUGACCCAUCAAACCAGUUUCGCUGUGUAGCCUCAGGCUCCUGUAUUCCUUUGGCCUUUAAGUGUGAUCAUGAAGAUGACUGUGGAGACAACAGUGAUGAGGAGCGCUGUGAGUCACACCAGUGUGGUCCGGGGGAGUUCACUUGUGCCAGAGGAGUGUGUAUCCGAGAGGCCUGGAGAUGUGAUGGAGACAAUGACUGCAGAGACUGGUCUGAUGAAGCCAACUGCACUGUGGGCCACCAUACUUGCGAGGCCAGCAGUUUCCAGUGUCAUACAGGACACUGCAUCCCACAGAGAUGGAAGUGUGAUGGGGACGAUGACUGUCAGGAUGGUUCAGACGAAGACCCUGAGCACUGCGAGGGAACAAAAUGUAAAGGCUUCCUCUGCUCCAAUGACACCUGCCUCCCAGCAACCGCCCACUGUAACGGCAUCCAGGAGUGUUCAGAUGGAGCAGACGAGCAAAACUGUGAUCCACUAUGCACUCGCUACAUGGAGUUUGUGUGUCGGAACAGAGCGCAGUGCCUGUUUCAGUCUCUGGUCUGUGAUGGGAUUAAACACUGUGAGGACGGAUCUGAUGAGGACUCUGAGUACGCUGGCUGUGCCACACCAACAGAGUUCGGUAAAGUGUGCGACGCCUACACUUUCCAAUGUGGCAACGGGGUCUGUGUGAGCUUGGAGUGGAAGUGUGAUGGCAUGGAUGACUGUGGGGACUACUCUGAUGAAGCCAAUUGUGCUGCUCCCACUGAAAUACCAGGAUGUUCCAGGUAUUUCCAGUAUGAGUGUAAAAAUGGCCGCUGUAUCCCGACGUGGUGGAAGUGCGAUGGGGAGAACGACUGUGGUGACUGGUCUGAUGAAGCUCAGUGCACUGGGGGUGUAACUCCGCAUACUGUUUCCCCUGGACCCACCACCUGUGCCCCCAACCGCUUCCACUGUGGCUCUGGAGCUUGCAUCAUCAACACUUGGGUUUGUGAUGGCUACGCUGACUGUCCUGAUGGUAGUGAUGAGCUUGGCUGCCCCACAGUGAACAGCUCUGUGACUGUGGCUCCAGUGCCCACCCUGACCCCUCUCCAUCCUCCGUUUCCGGGACGAUGUAUGCGGGGGCAGUUCCUCUGUCACCGACCUCCAAACUGCAUCCCAGACUGGCAGCGCUGUGAUGGACAGGACAACUGUCAGGAUGGCUCUGAUGAAGCACACUGCCCUACACGAGGGCCACUGUUCUGUGUGAAUGGGACUCGUUGUGCCAACGGAGAGGCCUGUGUUUUGGAUGGUGAGUGGUGCGAUGGUUUCCUAGACUGCUCUGAUCACAGUGACGAGGACAACUGCACCCUUGAGAAUCAAGCAUUCAAAGUUCAGAACCUUCAGUGGACUCCUGACUUCCUUGGUGCAAUCACUUUGACCUGGUCCCGGCCAAAAAACUUACCACUAGAUUCUUGCAACUUCCUCAUCUCAUACAGGCUGGUUGAUGCCCAGCAGUGGACAAUAAUGGACACUCAGAGCAACAAAACCAGCUACAAACUGACAGUGCUGCAGCCAGACUCCACGUAUCAAGUGAAGGUCCUUACUCAGUGCCUCAGCAAACAGCACAAGACCAAUGAGGUCAUCACUGUCAGGACGCCAGAGGGCUUGCCAGACCCACCCAGGAACCUGCAGCUGUCCUGUGGGAACAGAGAGGACGGGACAGUGGAAGUGUCCUGGAGUCCCCCGGACAAAUCCCACGGCCUCAUCAGAGAGUACCUUGUUGAAUACAGUGAGAGAAAUGGUCAGGACUGGACUUCACAGAGGUGUAUGACCACCAGCACAGAAGUGAAGGGUCUGCGGUCUGACACUAUGUAUAAGUUCAGGGUGGCUGCAGUGACCAGUCGAGGAUUAGGAAACUGGACUGAAGUGAAAUCUAUCACUCCCCAAAAAGCUCUUCCUCCACCUUCAGUGAUCGCUGACACCAUUACAGAUAAUUCCAUAAGCUUUUCCUUCAGCUUUAGCUCUCAGUAUGAGAAGGCAAAGCACUACAUGGUGGUUUUGUCCUGGCAAUUUGACAGCCAUAUGAAGGAGAGUAAAAACUACACAGUACGAGAGAGGAUAUUCAAAGUUAUGAACCUGACUGCAGGGACUGUGUAUGAGGUGGCAGUUUGGGCCCACACCAGUAUCGGGGACAGUCCCUCGGCUCUGUCUCAUCACCAGACCACUGGCACUCAACCUGAGAGGCCACUGCUCAAAACACGUGCUCUCAACCAAACUGCAGUGGACUGUAGCUGGACCAUCAGCACUCAGCCUGCUCAGGUAGUGUAUGGUGUGUUUUAUGCCACUUCCUUUCUGGACCUUUACCGCAGUCCUCGUCUGGUCCACACUUCAUCUCUGAGCCUCACGGUGACUGUCGACAGUGAUGAGCAGUACCUCUUCCUGGUGCGUGUGGUGUCUCCAUACUUGGGCCCUCCAUCGGACUUUGGUGUGGUCAAAAUGAUCCCCAACGAGCGCCUUCCACCCAGAAACCUUCACCGAGUCCGAGUGGACAAGACUCAGGCUACACUGAAAUGGCAGCCUCCUUAUGAUGCCCCCAAUGCAGCUCUGACAUAUGCGAUCCAUGUGCGGGACGUGAUCCGAAAGGAGGAGCGCGACUACAAACUCACAUCCAAAAACAACACAGUGGAGUAUGUGCUGAAGGGUCUGGAGCCUGGAGGUCGCUACAGUGUUUCAGUCCGACUCCGAAAUAUGAGCAAAGAGGCCAGCUUCACUCUCAGCACAGUGCCUCUCCCAGCUCCAGAGGCCUUGAAGAUUCUGACAGAGAAAGACCAUGUGUUCCUCUUCUGGAAAAGUCUGGCAGUCAGGGAAAAAGGCUUUAAUGAGAGCAGGGGAUAUGAGGUACAUGUUUACGACAGUGUGACCAAUAAAACCUCUUUCCUGGGAAACACCACAGAGACGUACUUCAGGAUCAGCAGCCUCCUCCUGGGGCACAACUACACAUUCUCCGUCCAGGCGCGGUGCCUCGUGAGCGGGCAGCUGUGUGGAGAGCCCGCCCGGCUCCUCUACAAUGAGCUUGCUACAGGAGCCAAUGAUGCAUCUCAUGGGGGUGGAGCUGCUUCAAGUGGUGACAUGGCAGCUGUAGUUGUCCCUGUGUUGUUUCUUCUUCUUUUGGUUGUCUGUGGAGGACUCGUAGCUCUGUACUUCAGACAUCGCCGUCUACAAAACAGCUUCACCGCCUUCGCAAACUCACAUUACAACUCACGCUUAGGCUCUGCUAUCUUUUCCUCUGGGGAUGAACUGGACAUUUCCAUUCUUUCAGGUGAUGAUGAUGAAGACGCUCCAAUGAUCAGCGGUUUCUCAGAUGAUGUUCCCAUGGUGAUCGCGUAGCAGGAAGUGGCCUGUUUGACCCCUCCUCUUUACUCCUGUAACUGUCCUGGUGCAGCUGGAGAAGAGAGGACAGAGGAGAGGCUGCAACACCUCCCAAUGGGAAACCGUCCAGUUUGGAGUGAGAGAUGUGGAAGAGAGUUAAGAGAAUAUGAUAUUUUUCAACAUUGCACUUUUUUGAUCCGCAAUAACUUAUUUUUUAUAUGAAAUAAAUAUAUAUGGGGGAAAAGGACUAAGAAGAGCUUUUGACAACUGUGAAGGACUUGAGUUUGUUGAGCGUUCCUGGAAGGAGACACAAUUAUUGAUGCAAACUCAUUUUCCAUGGGAGCGGUACACGCUUAAAGCCAAAAUAAGCAGAGACUGAAUAGAAUGAAACAGGUACACACAGAAUAUAAAGAUGCUGUAUACGUUAUUUAAAAAAAAAUACAAUAUUGAAAGAGUUGAUGCGUAGUACUGUAUGUGCUAUAGCAGGAUAUGUUACUUUGGUGGUCCCAUCUGAAUGAAUAAUGAAACAUAUCGUCAUUUACAAGAUGUUAUCCGCAGUUCAUUUCAAAUGUUUGACUAAUUAUGGCUUGAGUUUAGUUAUGUCUUCAUAUAUGCUUCCUUUUUACCACAAACCCAUCUAAAAUGUAUGUACAAAGAAGAUUAUUCUGGCUUUGAGGGGGGAACACUGUAAAUAUUGGCUUUUGAAAUUUCCUCUCAGUGUAAUGCUGCACCAUGUCAUUUGUAAAAUGUGUAAUGUGUUUUAUUCAUUCAGGACCAUUUUAAUUCCUCCAGCAUUUGCCAUAACUGUAGUCACAGAGGAAGAAGUUGGGGUUCUCAGGGAAGUGUGUUGGAGCGAACACCAGCGCAGCACCACAUGGCUUAGGCAGCCAAUAACAACAAAUAACAGUUUUAAGUAAUCAGUUACUCAUUCAAAACAUCACAAAAUGAGAUGUAUGGGGUCAGCUGAAUGUGGAAUGGCAUCUGAAGUUCUUAUCAGUUUGCGUUAUUUAAAGGUACAUUGUGUAACUUUCUGGUGGAGUGUCUGCCACCUGCUUGUGUACACGGAAAUGUUAUUGCUUUGUCUAGAAUGUUUCACAGUAUAAAUUAAACCUACAAUCCCAAGGGAGACAAACAGGUUACAGCAGGUUACAUUUCAAAUCAGAUCUGUCACCCUUAUUUAGAAAAGGAAUUAUUGUAUUUUCAAGCAGUAGAAACACUUGUAAUGAGUAAAUGCUAGGUGGAAGUGAUUAAUGUCAUACCAUGGAACAUUUUAGGCAAAGCAACAUCUCCACUUGGAAAAUGCUGAGUGGACCCAACACCAGAAAAGUUACACAGUGUGCCUUUAAAAACUAUGAUAAGAAUAAUUUAAUUUAUUUACAGUUGAGUUGAAUUGAAGCGUGUCUAUCACUGUUUACAUCUACAUGCCUAGUUGGACCCACAGUUGAACAUUUGAUCGGGCAUUUCUAUUGGAACCGACCGUCAUCCAAGUUUACAUGCAUGCAUUUUACAAUACGCCAAAAUAUGUGUUUAUAUUUCCACCUCUGCUGACUCUUAUUUAAAAAAUAUGGCUGCCUUUUUUCUUGAAAUAGGUGGUGUUCUGCUUUCUAUUGAUCAUGUUUUGUUUAAGAUGUUUUCAUGAAUGUAUUUUAUAUGUGAACUUUUAAGGUACCACUUGUGAAGUUUGUGCAUGCUCUUUGCUUUGUCAUUGCUAAAGUGAAUUUGUAAAGCACCUGUUCUCCUAUGAACAGGUGAUCUGUAACUCUGUAGACUGGCUUCUGCAGACUAAAUAUUCUAUAAGGUACACUCAAUGCCCAACCCAACCUAUUGCACCAUUUGAUGUAAUUGUUUUGUCCUGACAUUCAGGGUUUUGUUACUUGUUGAAAAUGGUUCAAAUUAAUUUUAUUAUUGGCAUGGCUAGAGAUGGUAAUUUCCUGGACCACUGCUGAGGUUAUCCCUUAAAAUGAAUGCCAAAUGGUACAACUUAUAAUAAUAGAAAAGAAAAGUGUCUUUAAAAACUUAAGUCCUUAGUCUGUUUGCCAAAAGUAGUAAAACAUUUUUUUAAUUAACUUUCAAAGCAAGUCCUGUAAUUAUGUUACUGGUCUAAUUUGUACUUGCCAACUACUGGAGUACUGUGCAACCCCACAAAUCCAAUCAAGCCUCCAUUAUAAUUAUUUAUUCAUUGGUAGCUCAUACACUGGCUUUUGGUUUAUUUCAAAAUGUAUUUACUGACAAAUCUGUUGCUCACUUUCCAAUAGCAGAUUUAGAAUGUGCACCAUUUUAAAUUGAUAAUUUGGUCAUUAGUGCCUACAAAUAUGAAACCAAUUUUUAUGAACUGAUAUUUAACGUUUUCAUACAUUGCGUUGUUUUUCUAAAGAUUGACUGUGCAACUUUCCUGGCAUAGGGUCCACCACCUGCUUCACUCCAUGUUGUUUCUUCUUGGAAUGACUUACAGUCCAACGUUUAAUUUAUCUCCAUGGUGAACAAGCAGGCCACAUCACUAGGCCAAGUUACAGGUCAGAUCUGUGGAGAAAUGGACCCGCUCACAGAAAUAAUGCAUGUUUGGUGGUUUUAAUUUUGAGAAAUAAAAACACCUGUAAUUGAAUAAAUACAAAAUAUGUUUGUUUAAUGUCAUGCUUUGGAACAUCCCAGGCAAAGCUGUAAUAUCACCAUGGAGACAAGCAGAUGGCAGACUCUCCACCAGAAAUGUUACACAGUGCACCUUUAAAAUAUUUUCCAGAUCCUUGAUCACAACAUACUGUUUUUUGUUUGUUUGUUUUUUAAGCCUUACAACCUAUUUUCUGGGAGGGAUGCUGUUUUGAAUUGUUUGCUGUCUUUUCAGAUAUGUUUUUGUUUUCUCACAUAAUGCCUUACUAGAGAACACAGAUUAGGAUGCUACUGUAUGUAAAGUGUAGUUCACAAGGGCACACGCAUGCAUUAACACGCUUACACAGAAGAGGAGGAAGUCGUGGAGGAAACUACUGUCAGGUCACUGCUCUGUGUGUGAGCCAGGCACUGGUCUAAUUUUAGUCAGGUUUUUACACAUGUUAUGUAUAAAGCAUAAAUCUUUGUUCAAAUGUGACCUUUUGACUCCCAUCUGUCUUAAUGUGUACUCUUGUCAAAUGGUUUUCUUCAAAAUGUCGUUUGGCACAGUGCUGGGUCAUGUUGGACUUGGCCAUGUCUGAAGAUAUUCAUGUCUUGCUUGAAAUAAGUCACGAGAAAAAAAACUCAGAGGUACAGUGAGAGCUGUUUUAAGGAACCACUUAUACUGAAAUAAACUUGCUGAAU